ACCAAUCAGAGGAAUUGUGAAGGUCUGCCUCCUGCCCCCCAAAGCCGGUCUAUGGCUGAUAUAGAAGAACUGGCGUCUAACUAUGAGCGGAAACUCAUUGAGGUGGCUGAGAUGCACGGAGAGCUGAUCGAGUUUAAUGAGAGGCUUUACCGCUCCCUCAUGGCCAAAGACAACCUGAUCGCCCAGAUGAGACAGGAGCUCAUCGACCUGCGCGGCCCGAUUCCAGGAGACCUGAGCCAGACCUCUGAUGACCCCAGCCUUUCUGACUUUGAGACAACUCAACGUGCUCUCGUCAACGUGUGGAUCCCCUCUGUGUUUCUUCAAGGUCGGGCUGCCAACGCCUACCAUGUAUAUCAGGUGUACAUUCGAAUCCUUGAUAAUGAGUGGAAUGUGUACCGGCGCUAUGCUGAGUUCCGAACACUGCACAAUUACCUGCGGCCGCAAUUUCCACAAGUCGACACGUUCAAUUUCCCACCUAAAAAAGCCAUCGGCAACAAGGAUGCCAAGUUUGUGGAGGAGAGGAGGAAGCAGCUGCAGUCUUACCUGCGAAUGGUGAUGAAUAAACUGAUCCAGACACUGCCUGAAUUCACUGCCCAGCCUACAAAGGAAACCUUACUGCAGUUUCUGCCUUUCUGCCAGGACAGCCCGACAGCCAAUGAGAGUGGAGCCAAAACUGCCCGAUCAAAAGCCUCCAGCCGCUUCCCCAGACUCGGCCGCAACUCAGCCCGUGAAUCCCGGAACCCCGAGCCCCAAAGCGGCGACCUUUAACUCAAAAAGACCCGUCAGUAUGGAUGUACUGAGCCAAGGACCUUCUGUUAUGGAUGUACAUAACGCCACUGCUGGGAACUACAUUUGGUGAUAAAAGUGGUGUAUAUUGGUUUAGUAGCAACUAUUGUGCCUGGUGAUUUAUAACUGACGAAAAAAAGAAGCAAGGAUGUCAUUUUGACUCACUGCAGUGACAUGAAACUUUGAUGAGGCUUGUGCGAUCGUCUGGAUAUAAUUAUUUGCACAUCUUCAUAUGAUUUGUUCUUUUUGUAGGCAUUUUUUGUUACCACGCUCUGCUGUGUAUGAGGCACACAGUUGUAUACAAACAAUCACUUUCCAUUUUCCUGUCUAAUAAAUUGGCAACUGAUUUGAUAUGAAGGCCUGGUGAUGGUCGGUUACUGGAGUCUCGACUCUUGCACUCCAGAGCCUUUGUCGUCUGUCCCUCAAAACCUAUCAUUGGAAAUUAUCCUGGUCUGCCAUUAUCCUGAAUGACCUCGAGAGUACUGUUACACAGAGACCAGCGUGAGUUGACUUUUAUUGUGUGGAUUGAACAGAAUAUUUUUUUUUUGUAGUGGGGAAAACCUGUUUGCCCUAUUUCAACUACAAGCACAGUGAUGAUUGGGAAACAUUACUAACCAAUAGUAUUUAUGGCUUUUAACAUGUUAUGAUGUAUAUGGGGGAUCGUUGACUGGAUGCUUGAUGUGUCUGAAUGAAUAAAUAGUCUAGUAUCUACUUGAAUGUAAUGUAGAGUUGCCAUCAGAAUUUAUCUGUAACACACAAAGUAGCAGAUCAAUUGUGUGCUUUUGCAUAUGUGUCUGUUUGCAACUUUUUUACUAGCAAGCAACUGUACUGUUUGUGAUGCUUUUUCUUAAACAGAGUAUCUUUCUGCUCUAAAUGUGGCAGGAUGCAGCUGUUUCUGCAGCCUUAAGAGUGCAAGAGCUUAAUGAAUACAUGAAUAAAUACAAAUACCAACA